GCAGAAAAAUGCAAGACCUGCCUCAUUCAUGUCACAAUUGUUCAGUUUUGUGGCUGCAAUAUUUCUUGUUUCUCUUGGAAAGGAUUUCAUUGUGCUUUUUGAAAUGAAUGUAUUCUUCUCACAUGUAUGUUAUUAAAGUCACCCUGAUAUAGAGGAACUACAGGGGGAAAAAUCAAGUGACUUUCUGGAGGCCACAGGGAAAGUCAUCAGUAGAGCUGAAGACUUUCUCACAGUCAUUGAGCAUAAAAGCAUGCUAGACACUGUACUGAGUACAAAAUCUGGCUCUUGAGGUAAGAUGGGUCAAGAGGACUUUCAUCUAAAUUUGAAUAGAAAAUUUGUGGCCAUGUAAGUUAGGAAGAAGAGUCAUAGUGAGGACAAGUUAUGUGCAUGUGGGUUUGUGGUUUCAUAGCACUCUGCAUCGGAAAUGAAGAUGCAUGCAUAUAAAAACCUUGAUUGAUUUUUUUUUAGAGUGAGUUCCCCUUGAUGUGUCUGUUUUUGGUUUCUCUGUGACAGGAUGGCAGCUGCUUUGUGUCUGCAGGUUCUCUGCAGCCUAUGUGGCUGGCUAUCACUCUACUUCUCCUUUUGCCGCUUAAAUAAGCAUCGGAGCUAUGAAUGGAGCUGCAGACUGGUUACAUUUACACAUGGAGUCCUUUCCAUAGGCCUCUCUGCUUAUAUUGGAUUUAUUGAUGGUCCCUGGCCUUUUACUCAUCCAGGAUUACCCAACACUCCUCUGCAAGUACAUGUUCUAUGUCUCACCCUGGGCUACUUCAUCUUUGAUCUUGGCUGGUGUGUCUACUUCCAGACAGAGGGAGCUCUGAUGUUAGCUCACCACACACUGAGUAUCUUGGGCAUCAUCAUGGCUCUUGCUCUUGGGGAAUCAGGCACUGAGGUCAAUGCCGUUCUCUUUGGCAGUGAGAUCACUAACCCAUUGCUACAGAUGCGAUGGUUCCUCCGGGAGACGGGACACUACCACAGUUUCACAGGGGAUGUGGUAGACUUUCUCUUUGUGGCUCUAUUCACAGGAGUGAGGAUUGGUGUUGGGGCAUGGCUUCUUUUUUGUGAAAUGGCCUCGCCUAAACCCAAGUGGUUUGUGAAGGCAGGUGGAGUGGCCAUGUAUGCUGUGUCCUGGUGUUUCAUGUUCAACAUUUGGCGCUUUGCCUGGAAGAAGAGUGUCAAGAAAUACCAUGCCUGGCGUAGCAGGCGAAGUGAGGAUCGACAACUGAAAAAGAACGGACAUCUCAAAGUGCAUUAAUCAGGGCUUGCAGCUUGCUAUGAAUGGGGAUAAAGAACUUAGCUUCUUAAAAGAGUAGGUUUGGGAAUUAUUGAAAAUAUGGCUGCUUUGGAAUGGGAUGCUCAUAGCAAACUUGGGGGAAAAAAAUUUAAGGGCUUAAUCCGUUCAGGAAUGUAUUCAGUUCUAGAGCACAAACAUAAAUAUCAGUAUUGAGUACUAAGUUCUAUAAUGGCACACUUGAAGCAACUGAGGCUACAUUGCAGGAAGUGUUGAGGGCUUGAAUCAUGUCAGAACCAUGUAAAGAGCUCUGCUGGAACCCCUGUUUAUUAACUGAAGGCCCUCAUGUCUUUGGGCAGCUUGGAAGGAUCAGCAAAGUGUAUUUUUUUGCCUUUAUUACUUUGAGAAGAGUGAUUCUUUCCAUCUAUUUAUUACUUAAUGUAGUCAUAUUCUUCACCUGGUUUAUGCCACCACCACAUUAUGAGGGAAUUUGGUGGAAGCGUCAUUGGUAUUUUCGGUAACUUAUUAUCUUAACAGAUAAUCCUUGCAGAAGAGAGGGGUAUAAGAAAGAAACACACAUGCUUGUAGUCUCAGCUAAACUAAUUCUACAGCUAGAGGGCUUCAAGCUCUUCUAAAAAAGCUGCAGUGCAGAGAAAUUUAUAGGGUCCUGUUGUACAGGUUCUGUUGUACCAAGAAAACUGUACUCCAGUUCUCAGGGGCUUUAGUACAUUAAUCUCUGUGCUUGAGAGGCUGUGGCUGGAUUCCAUGGGGAUUUACUAUGUGGAUUCCACUGGGCUUGAGAUGGCAGUUCAGGUUUCAGCUCAGCUGUAAGCACCUCAAAUGACAACCAAAGAGAGUAAAUAGUUGUGCUGGCCCCAGGGCAAUGAGGCUGCAUUUCUCCCCCCCCCCCCCUUUCUCUCUCUCAUCUAUUAUCUCUGUCUCUUCAUAAGACCUUACUCCUCUAGGUUCUUAAAAAUGUGCCACUAGAUAUAAGUAUUCAGUUAUAUAGCUGAUCUUAAAAGAACAAAAGCAUUCCCAUGGAUCAAGCCUGCCUCCUGCCCACAAACAGAGCAAGGGGUCAGGAAUCUCAAUUUCUGGUUUCCGUACACACCACCACCACUAAUUUAGCAGAUGAUACAGAUACUGUAUCAUUGUGGUCUAUUGGGAAAAGCACUGGAUCUUCAUGUAGAAGACCUGGGUUCAAAUUCAAGCUCUUACAUGUACUUACUACUUGUGUGACUUUGGGAAAGUCACUUAAGCUUUCUGAGUUCAGGUUCCUUAUCCAUAAAAUGAGAGAAGGAUUGGAUAAGAUGAUCUCUUGAGGUUGAUUCCAGCUCGGCAUCUUAUAGGACCAGUUAAAAUCUUGCUGCAGUUUGCCCCCUGUAAGGAGCUAACAUCUAUCUCACAGAGGCUAGCUUGAGCUACUGUGGAUGCCUGUAAAAAAAAUAUUUACAGAAGGCAUAUAUGCUAUUUAUUUAUUUGGAUGGUGGUUUAUUAGCUCAGUUGGUUAGAGUAUAGUGCUAUUGAAACUUAGGUCACAGGUUAAUCCUCAUAUAGACUAAGGGAAUUUAUUCUAUUUCAUUUCCGGAGACUACCCUGACUUCAUCCAGUUGUCACAAAAAGGGAUGCCUUUAGCCAUAGUAGGAAUCAAGCACAAAAACGGAAAUGAGUCAAUACAUCACACUUGGAAAAACAACACAAUUCAUCUUAUUAUUAAAAAUCAGUAGCAAUUUUGAGAAACAUAGGAUGUUACUUUUACUUCAUUCAAGAAGCAUUUUUUGCUGGGCAUUGAAAUAAUCUUCUAACACCCAUCAUCUGCAUUUGCUUAUAUCAAUGUGUCCAUGGAAAACUAGUAAGUUAUACUUCAACAACAUCUGGGUAUCUAAGGAAUGCUGACUUCAGCAAAAGCUUAUGGUGAGGAGUGUGGCUUGGCACAUGGACUCCAAAGAAAACUGGUCUUUAGAUUUUGGCACAGUGAAACCUCAGAACUAGCCAAGUGAAUGCUCCUGAUAUUACAGCACAUUCCUUUCUCCUUCCCCUCGACAAGUGUACAGGGGAAUCUUGCUAUUUGUGGAUAAUCUCAUGAGAAAAAAAGCUGUUAUUAGUUUGUGGAAUGAUGAGUUAACUCCUAGGCAGCUGGCAGUGGGGAGGGAUUCCUCAUAGCAGCUCUCCUGUGUGUUGUGGUUGGUACUUGUGUAGAAACUUCCCCAAGAGAAAAUGUGAAAUGAAGAUCACUCAGUAGCUGAAGAAAUAAGCUUGAGACUUCUAUCACAGGUACAGAAAGAGCUAACUCACCUAUGGUACUGUGGAAUGAAAAUGAAAUACUAAUUUACAUUUGGAUUACUAUGUAAUAAUAACAUUUUAACUAUGAAGGAUUUAUA